AUGUCUACUUAUCCAAUACCCUCAAAUAAAAUCCCUGUAAUGAACAUGUAUCAAGAGAUAAAUGAUUGUAGAAUGCGUGAAUUCAAUGAUGAAGUGGACAUUACCUUUCCACCGUAUAUAGUUGAUAAAAGAAUCUUGAAAUGUAUAGAAUAUAAUAAUUUAAAUUAUUUACAAGCUUAUAUUAAAAAAUGUCCAUAUAAUAUUGAACGUUAUUUUUAUUUAGAAAAUAUCCCGUCAAUUGAUCCAAUUCUACGUAAAAUCAUUAUAUCUAAUCUAUUAGGCUAUGCUUUACUUUAUCGUGCUAAUGAAUGUUUACAAUACCUAUUGACAGUUGGUUCAAAUCCUUUCCAGUCAGCUUUUUUCAUUGAAUACACUUCAAAGCCUAAUGGAAAUAAUAAAAAAUUAUUCAUGUAUGAAGCCCCGACUGUUAUCCUAUUGGCUAAUUCAAUUCAAGAGAAAAAAAGGGAUCAAGUGAUUAAAUUAUUGAUGAGUUUAAGAUCAGCAAAUGUUGAACUGCAUUUGCCUAUUGCAUUACGUCAACAACAAAUGGAACCACCUAAUGAACCUGUUUCACUUAUACUACGUUUUACAGAUACAUGGGAGUGUUUAGAGAAAGAGUUAGAGAAACAAGAUGAAGUAGAAGAAGUUAGCAAGAAUAAAGAAUUAUUAAAAGAAUUAAAGUCUGUGUAUAGAGCAGAGAAAUUUGAGAAGAUGAAAAGUGAUCCUCCUGAAAGUUGA